AUGGAGAAUUGCAAAGAAGUUGUCACUCCAAUUGCCAUAAACUGCCUUAUAGAUGUAGAUGAGGUUGGGCAACAAGUUGACUCAACCAAAUAUAGAGGGUUGAUUGGUUCUUUGCUCUAUCUAACAGCAAGUAGGCCAGACAUUCAAUCCAGUGUAUGCUUGUGUGCUAGAUUUCAAUCCAAUCCAAAGGAGUCACAUUAUAAAGCUACAAAAAGGAUUCUUAUGUAUCUAAAAGGGACAAUCAAUGUUGGACUAUGGUUUCCAAGUGAUUCUAAGAUAACUCUUAGUGGUUUUUCAGAUUCUGACUAUACAGGAAGCAAAUUGGAUAGGAAAAACACAAGUGGAACAUGUCAUCUACUCGGCUCAAGCUUGAUAGCAUGGAAUAGCAAGAAACAAGCUCGCGUGACACUCUCCACAAUUGAGGCAUAA